AAUGGUAGUAAAGCCUGGAAGUAUUGUAAAGUUUAAAGUACCAAUAUUACCUGAAAUUGAGAACUUCUCUAACCAGGAAGCGAAACUGGAAGACAUUACAGAUAGAGCACACCAAGCCGGAAUCACAGAAAAGCUUCUUCAAAACCCUGAAGUGCAAACAACGAUUGAAAGAUGCAAAAACUUCUACGUUCCACUCGUCUGCAGUGACACUCCAUAUCGAAGUAUGGAUGGAUCUUGCAACAAUUUGAACCACCCCUACUGGGGGAAGGCCGUCACCGAACAGAGAAGGCUUCUUCCGGCCAAUUAUGAAGGGACCAAUGGAAUUCGGAAAUCAGUGAAUGGUAAGGAUUUGCCAUUGAGCAGACGCUUAUCUCUGUCUGUGAGAAAUAUCAGUAAUUCGUCUACUUUAGUGUCUGCUCUCUUCCCCUUCUUUGGACAAUUCAUCACUCAUGACAUGACUUUAACUCCAGCGAUGACAGGUCUUUAUCAUUUUUCGUCUUUUUCCAGCUAA